GCGUUUGCCAUCCAACGCAAAGAUGCGAUCGAAGGUCAGAGUGACGACCAUUGACAUUUGUAAGGAAGGCGGAAAUAAACAAUUGUCCAAGUCCAAGGAGUUGGGAGAAAUGGACAGUAAGCUCGAAUGCAAAAGCCAAAGCUGUUGGGAUUACAGCACACUUUCAAAGGAAGACAUGGAAAGCCUAUGGUUCAAGAAGCAAGAGGCUAGCAUCAAAAGGGACCGAAUGAUGAAGUACUCAUUUUCACACCGGGAGAGGCGAAACACUCAUGUACUGGAAGAAUCAAUAGCCAAAAAUGAACCUGAUAGACAGAGACACUGGCUGGAAGAAUUGGCGAACAAAGAUGCAUUGGCUAGAGAACGGAUAGAGAAUCUGAAAGCCAGUGACAUAUUUGGUACAACACAAGUGAAAAUAAGUUCACGGAAACAAGAUAACAUAGAAGCAUUGAGUUCACCAGUGUCAUUUCCAAGAAGAUCAUUUUGUCGGACACAACGGAAUACUACAGGAGAUGACAGUUCUGCACCGAAUUCUCCUGUUUUCCCAACUUACAUGGCUGCAACAGAAUCUGCAAAGGCAAAGGUGAGGUAG